GGAAAAGCAACACAGUUCGAUCCACGGUGAAGAACCAGGUCCAGGUAUCGAUUGGGAUUUGGGUGUCGUCAAACAAAUCGGAGGGAAUCUUGUUGCUAGGUUAGCCGUUAAUUUCCGAUUCCAAUUUAGUUCAAAUGACAACCCUAAAUCCCGACCCUGCUGCCAAUCAAGAAUCGCAAGUCCCGGCAGUUGUUAAAGACAACUUGGUAGCCAUUGAUGGUGAAGGAGACGAUGGAGAAAAAGAGCUGCAUGAGCUUUUGUUGCCAAACGUCAAUGAUCUCCCCCUCUCUCCUCCUUCUGCAAUUGAAUUCAAUUUCGUCACUUACUUCGCUCCUGAUUUUAUGAAGCCUGAGCAUGAUCAAUAUAUUUAUCGCCAUGCAAAUGGGUUAUGUGUUAUUGGAUUAGCUUCUGGUCAUGUGGCCUUCAAGGAUGAAGGAGGAAUCACUUCUGUGGAUUUCAAUGUUGGAAAAUCCAAUAGAAGUGAGAUCAAGGUCACAGGGAAACGCAAAAGGAAUGCACAACAUUUCGAGUCCAAUACAGCCUUAUGUAAAGUAUGCACCAACAAUGGUUUCUAUAUUGUGAGAUGUUGUAUAAAAGGCUCUUUGUUGGAAGUAAAUGAGAGGUUAAUAAAGCAGCCAGAGUUGCUGAAUUCAUCUGCAGAUAGAGAAGGAUACAUUGCUAUUCUCAUGCCAAAACCAACCGAUUGGAUCAAGGCCAAAGAUUCAUUCAUAACCUUAGAAGAAUACAAGAAGCUUAGACAGUUUUAAGUUUUAACAUUUCCAAAUCUUUAACUAUUGUACCUUUAUGAUUCUUUAAUAAAGAUUAGAAUUACAAUAAAUAUGCUUUCUAUAUGUAACAAAUAUGUUCCCUUUUUCUUUUUAUCACUUUUCUUCACAAUUUCAA